AUGCACAAGCGUCAAGCCUUGAUGGCAACGAUGAGUCGUUGUCAUGGAAGCCACACCAGUGGUUCUGUUCUGAUGAUACCUCGGAAAGGAAACCUCCAACAACAAAUUCUUGCUCAGAGUGCUCCCAGUAGUACUCUCUUCAUCAGAAAGUACUCCUCUCUUUCUACAAACAAAAAUGGCAUUUACGGAAAUGUUCAUCAUCACACGGAAUCCUCCUUGAAAAGAUUCUCCAGUACUUACUCGAACUCAUCACCACAAUUUGUUUGUUUUCAAAAACAAAACAAAAAGACGAGUUGCGGAUAUCAUACUUGCUCCCGAGUUCAAAGUGAACAAGAAACUGGCCAAAAUCAUCAGCAACCAUUACAUUCAUCAAACGUUGAAGUGUCUCAUGAUCAUCCACUUUUCAAAAAACAGAGAAUGUUGGACACGACUAGUAUGACUAUUGAUACUUCUGUCACACCAAAUGAUUAUACUGGUUACAGAUUUAAAUUGAGUAAAACGUUUGUUGAAAAGUAUAAGAAUAUUCCUCCUCCUUUCGGAUUUAAUGGAUUGGGAGAAGUUGUUUAUAAAAGAACAUAUUCCCGAGUCAUUGAAGAAGAAAAUAGAAAUGAGGAAUGGUAUGAAACAGUUGAGAGAGUAGUAAACGGAACCUACAAUAUGCAAAAAAAUUGGAUUGAUAAUCACAAACUUGGAUGGAAUUCUAGAAAGGCUCAAAAAUCAGCACAAGAAAUGUAUGACAGAAUAUUUAAUAUGAAAUUCUUACCGAGUGGAAGAGGUUUGUGGGGAAUGGGAACUCCGUUGACUGAACAGAGAGGUCUUUAUGCAGCACUUAACAAUUGCGCAUUCGUGAGUACUGAAUCUAUGAAAGAAGAUCCUCUGAAACCAUUUGUCUUUCUUAUGGAUAUGAGUAUGCUUGGUGUUGGAGUUGGCUUUGAUACAAAGGGAGAGUCUUCUAUUGUUAUCAAAGGAGUGGACAAUACAAAGCAACCAAUCAUGAAUAUUAUUGCUGACUCUAGAGAAGGAUGGGUUGAAAGUGUGAAAGUUUUACUUGAUUCAUACUUUAACGGACAUGCGCCUCAGUUAUUUGACUAUUCCAAAAUUAGGCCUGCUGGUGCUCCAAUUAGAGGAUUUGGUGGAGUGAGUAGUGGUCCAGAAUCAUUGAGAGAAUUACAUGAAAAUAUUCGAGAAUUAUUGAACAAGAAUGCAGGAAAACCAAUUUCUGUAACAGUGAUUGUGGAUCUCAUGAAUUACAUUGGAAAAUGUGUGGUUUCUGGUAAUAUAAGAAGAUCUGCAGAAAUUGCUUUUGGUGAACCAUUUUCUGAAGAAUUUAUUGAUUUGAAAAAUUACGAAAAGAAUCCACAUCGUGCUUCUUAUGGUUGGACCUCAAAUAAUUCUAUAUUUGCUCAAAUUGGAAUGGACUACUCAAACGUUGCAAAGAGAAUGAUGAUAAAUGGAGAACCAGGACUUGCAUACCUACAAAACAUGAGACAGUUUUCAAGAAUGAAUGGAAUAGAAGACAAUAAGGAUCAUCGAGCUAGUGGUGGAAAUCCAUGCCUCGAGCAAACUCUUGAGAGCUAUGAGUUAUGCUGUCUUGUUGAGACUUUUCCAAAUAAUCAUCAAUCUCUAGAAGAUUUCCAAAAGACUCUUAAAUAUGCGUUUUUGUAUGCUAAAACAGUCACUCUUGGAAGAACUCAUUGGCCUGAAGUGAAUCGUGUCAUGCUCCGAAACCGAAGAAUUGGAUGUUCAAUGAGUGGUAUUGCUCAAUUUAUCACAAAGAGAGGAAUUGAAGAGUUAAGGCGUUGGGCAACAGUUGGUUAUGAUACCAUUCAAGAAUACGACAAAACAUUUAGUGAUUGGUUGGCUAUUCCUCGAUCCAUAAAGACUACGUCCAUUAAACCCAGUGGAACAGUAAGCUUAUUGGCAGGUGCAACUCCUGGUAUGCAUUACCCUAUUUCAAGAUUCUAUGUUCGAAGGUUACGACUGGCCACCAACUCACCUCUUGUCAAGGCACUCGCCGACGCUGGAUAUCACACGGAACCUGCUGUGAGUGACUCUCAAACUACAGUUGUGGAAUUUCCAAUUGAUUGUGGUGAAGGAAUUAGGACAGCCAAAGAUCUUUCCAUGUGGGAACAAUUAUCGUUGGCUGCAUUCCUUCAACGUUAUUGGUCAGACAAUCAAGUAUCUGCAACCAUAACCUUCAAUCCACAAACUGAAGGACCACAAAUCCAGUAUGCACUUGAUUAUUUCCAAUAUCAAUUGAAGGGUGUCAGUUUCUUACCAAUGAUGGAUACAGAUUCUUCACCUUAUCCACAAAUGCCUUAUGAACCGAUCACGGAAGAGCAAUACAAUGAAAUGAAAUCAAAGCUUAAAACGACGUGUCCACUCUCACAGGAACGAACGUUAAAACAAGAGCCAACACCAGAACGAUAUUGUGACAAUGCAGCUUGUGAAAUAUAA